AUGAGAGCCAUUAAACUAGCUGCAACAGAACAACGAUGCAAGGCGUCAGUUUCAUCGCCCACGAGACCUAUUUUACGUUCGGACCCGCUGUAUAAGAAAAUAGGGAACGCUAGCCAAGAAUAUAUUGUCAACCUGGAAAUGCUUACGGAAGCGCUUGAGAAAUGUCAAUAUUGUGAUAAGGGGCCGUUAGGACUAGCUAACAGUUGCCAAGACGUGCGACCGGAAGGACCGAUACCUAUUUUAAAAGUAAAAUGCAGUAAUUGUUGCUUCAUCAACAGUAUCCGCCCUGCCGAGAGCCACCGAACUGGCAAACGGGGGUCAGCAACUCUUGACAUAAAUUCCAGAGCAGGUCUCGGGGCCUUGCAUACCGGAAUCGGCCAUUCACAGUACUCUGGUUUGAUGUCUGCCCUUGGGCUUCCCUCACUGACUUCGCGAAACUUCAAGAAACGAGAACGAGAAGCUGGAAGUGCCAUUGAGAGUGUGGCCAAGCGGUCGUGUGCCGCGUUUACGGAGAUGGAAAGGGACCUCUCAGAGAAUGACGGUCAGGGGGAAGAGCCAGUGGCAGUGGGCGUGUCCUACGACAUGGGAUGGAGAAAGCGUGGCAAGAGCUAUGAUUCCUCAUCCGGAGUGGGGACUGCAGUGGGGCUAAAGACGGGAAAAGUGAUCAGCUAUGCCACGCGGAAUACCUUAUGCCGAGUGUGUCAAGAGGCUGUUGCUAACAACAGGGAGCCCACCGUGCACGACUGCCGUCGUAAUCACCAAGGCUCAUCCAAAAGUAUGGAGGCCAACGUUGCAGUGCAGCUAUUUGGUGAUGCAGUCGAAGGUGGCGUACGUUACUCGACGUAUGUUGGUGAUGAUGAUAGCACAACAGAGAAUCUGUUGCAGUCAUUGGUAGCCUAUGACAUAGAAAAAUGGAGCGACAUCAAUCACGCAAGCCGCACGUUGGGUUCCAGACUGUAUGCUGUCAAGUCCAAAGUGAAGGGUCUCAGCCCAGCAGUUAUUGGUUAUAUGCAAAGAUGCUUCACGUAUUGCAUAAGACAGAACAAGGGAAAGGAGUCAUCCUUGUUGGAGGGGCUGAAGUCGAUAGUGCCACACGCGUUCGGAGAACACACUCUUUGCAAAGAAUGGUGUACAUACAAGCAGGACCCAGAAAACUACAGUCAUGGCGACCUUCCUGGUGGAAGAGAUCUUCAGGUAAAUUCACAAUUUGUCAAUCUCGGAUGGAACGCUGCUACCUCUUACCAGUAGCGAGGGGUGUUGGCGUUGGUUUUCGUACAUUCUACACUUUUCAAGACAAGAGCACUAUAGCCAGUGAAUAGUAGAUGAGCUCUACAAAAGAUACGUUACCGGUAUAUACCGUGGGAUGGCCUAUAAAAGUUCUACUGAACAUCUAUCACGGAAUAGAUAGCGAGUAUGGGAGCCAAUCAGAUUUCAAUAAUGCUUGUCGAAAGGCAUGCUUUGCGGUCGUUAUGCUUUAACUCACAAAAUGUGAAAAUUGCACUAGAAUAAAUCUUUGAAUAAUUAGCAGAGAAACUAUACUUCGCAAACUUCGCGCAAUAUUGUUAGAUAAAGGCAAUUCACCAAAAUAUGUCCGUAUGAUACGAAAAUCAAAACCUCGGCCGCAAAGCAUCUUGGUCGACAGGCAUUAUUGCUUUUUUCAAAGUGUUUUGGUGUCGCUUGGAUAAUGGAAAAUUGUGUCAUUUAGGGAGGGAUUAGGGAGACGAUCUGCGAGCUAGUAUCGAGGAUGCUAUGAAACCUUUUCUCACUGAAGAGGCAGCCAAAAAGCUUGCUCCAUGUGGGUCCAGCCAGCGAAACGAAUGCGUCAACAGUUUGAUUGGUACGAAAGCACCGAAAAUUCGUCACUACGGUGGAUCUGAGAGUAGCGACUUCCGCACGGCGGCAGCAAUUUCGCAAUUCAAUGAAGGGUAUGGAUAUGUUAACCAGGCAGCGCAACUAAUGGGUGUAGCAGGCAAUGCUGUGACUGAAAAGCACACCAAGGUGAUGGACAAGAAGAAAGAUAGAAAUAGUCUAAGGCAGUCAACCAAGGCGUUUAAGCGAGCUAGGAGAAGUGCGAAGAAAAAGAAAACCCAAAAGACCCGAUCAUUGGAACAUAACGAGGGCGUGACCUAUGAGAGCGGUGUAGGACUAACACAAAGUGAGGCUGACAGAUUGACAAUCACGAAUGGUACUUUGAAUGAUCUACGAUCGACUAUUACGGACAAGGAAUUCCAUGACUAUGUGAGCAUAGCGAGCCUACAAGAGAGUACAGAAAAUGAGGUACUUAUAGCGGCUACACCCUUUAUCGAAUUUAUCCAUAGGUAUCACCAGGACUUUUCAAAGGGGUAAAAAAUUGUGAUUUGUUGUCCCUUAUAGACUUCCGAUGCUCAAAAACUCCAAAAUAAAGCGCAGGCACUUGAAAUACACGUGGUUAUACCUUUUUGGGGAGGGGAUGUGGGUACACGCCCGAAACCCCGUCGUUGACGCCCGAUGUUGAAACUAAUUCUUUCACUGUUAUAUGUUUUCAGGAGGAGACGGGGACACCGAAUGGCCCUUUUGUGCUUGCUAUAUGUGAUACAGAAACAACGGGGCUUGGUAUGGAGUGCGAGAUAAUUCAACUGUCCUGCUUAGUUCAGGGGAAGGCGCCGUUUAACCAGUAUCUGCUUCCAGACAAGAAAAUGAUAUCGGAAAGUGCGACCAAGAUUCACGGAGUGUCUGUAAGAUAUCAAAAUGGGGCGAAGCAAUUGCACAAAAAUGGUAACCAGUUGCCAGCUGUGUCACAAGCUCAGGGAUUGGGGGAUUUUCUUAGCUUCAUAAAAGAGGUUGGAAGUGAGACGCGGGUUGUUCUUGUUGCCCACAACGGUAAUCGGUUCGACUUCCCCAUUUUGCUACGUUCGAUGAAGGAACAGGGUCUACUUCAGCAGUUUCUAGAGUGCAGGCCGAUGCUUUUGGAUUCACUAGAAGUAAUCACAGAAGAAAAAAAGGCGCGGGGAAGUCAUCUAAAGGAGUGCAAGGGGAAAUCUCUUGCUACAGUGUACGAGAAAUUGUUCGGCGAGCAAUUUAACGCCCAUGAUUCCCUAGAGGACGUGGUUGCACUCGGAAGAGUCCUACACAGUAACAAGUUGCAACAGACUCUGGAAAGGAUGGUAGCGUUGGCUAGGCAAGCAAAUAAUUUUUGUGAAGACAUGGCUAUGAAAGCUGUUGCCAAAAGAAGAAAGUCUACCCUACACAGGCUGGGAAUUUCCGAUGUUAUGAAGGACAAAAUAAGCAAGGCCGGCCUAGACAUGAACACCCUCAGCAGUUUGUAUAGUGCAGGAGGUUCAAGAGCCUUGCUAACAAUUUUAGCUUUACCUCCAAGCAAAACGAGCUCGAAACCAAGAGUCACAAAAAAACUGACAGUUCUUACAAGUCUAGUUAAUUUUUUCGCUACCCGCUAA